UUUUGUGCUUUUAUUUUAAAAUCGGGGUCAUUCCUCCGGGUUUCGUCGAUCCCUGACGGAGUCUCCCACCCGCUCCGCUCCCUCCCCCCCAACCGUUGGCGACCUGACAGCGGGCAGUGCUGUAUGAUUCUCCCGGGCAGGUUCACUCCUCCUCCUCCUCCUUCUUCUUCUGCGCGAUGAGGCUCCGUUUGGCCGGGGCCGUGCUGCUGGCGGCGGCCGCCUACUACGUGUACCUGCCGCUACCGAGCGGCGUGAGCGAGCCGUGGAAGCUGAUGCUGCUGGACGCGCUGUUCCGGAGCUUCAUGCGGGCGAGCGACGCGGCCCACUCCCUGGGCGUGUGCCACCGUGUUCGCCUGCUGAACCGGGUGGUGUCCUGGGUGGAGGUGAUCGAGGCUCGCUCCAGUCCAACCGUGAAGGUGACCGACUCCACCCUGGGAGGUGUCCCCACCCGCGUGUUUCAACCAAACGGAGACAGCCGGCUGAGAAGAGGAGUCCUCUAUUUCCACGGAGGAGGCUGGGCGCUCGGCAGCGCAAAGAUGCGCUCCUAUGACCUUCUGUGUAGGAAAAUGGCGGAGGAUCUGGACGCCGUCAUAAUGUCUGUGGAAUACCGCCUGGCUCCCGAGGCCGUGUUUCCGGAUCAGUACCACGACGCCGUGGCAGCGUCGCGGGCCUUCCUGUCUGCUGAACUCUUGCAGCAGUACGACAUCGACCCGGAGCGGCUCUGUGUGUCUGGAGACAGCGCUGGAGGAAACCUGGCUGCUGCUGUGGCGCAGGAGCUCAGCCUGGAUGACUCUCUGCAGGUGAAAUUCAAAGCCCAGGCUCUGAUCUACCCAGUGCUGCAGGCUCUCGACUUCCACACGCCGUCGUACCAGCAGAACCAGGCUGUGCCCAUCCUCUACAGGCCCUACAUGGCCCGCUUCUGGCUGCAGUACCUGGGCGCCGACUCCUCCCUGGAGCCCGUCCUGCUGGCGAACAACCACAGCGCUCUGGACCAGCGGGCCAUCAGCGCCGCCACCCGCUCCAAGCUGAACUGGACCGCUCUGCUGCCGGCCGAGCGCAAGAAGAACUUCAAGCCGGUCGUUGAGGAGAAGGGAUCGCCAGGCGUGGUGGGCGCGGUGCCGGGGCUGAUAGACGUGAGGGCGGCGCCGCUGCUGGCGGAGCAGGAGGUUCUGGGUAAAACGCCCAAAGCGUAUGUGAUGACGUGCGAGUUUGACGUUUUGCGGGACGACGGUCUGAUGUACGGCAGGCGGCUGCAGGACGCUGGCGUCGAGGUGACGAGUGACCACUACGAGGACGGUUUCCAUGGCUGCAUGGUGUUUGCGAACCUGCCAAUGAUGUCGAGCGUUGGACAGAGAAGCAUGAGGAACUACAUUCGCUGGCUGGACCAGAACCUAUGAGCAGGACUCCACACAUAUGGGAGCUUAGUUGAAUUUUUAAAAAUUGGUGCAAAGGAAACCCAAAACAAAACAAAA